UUCCGUUCUGCCACUACACUUUUUCAGGUGUCAAGUAAGUUUGUGCCGAUGGAGAAGCCGACGCAGCCUCAGCACCAAGCGACAAUGGCGAAGAACACAGAAAGUCAAUCCGAGGAUCUUUCCAAACUGUCGGAUGAGGAUUUAAUGAAGUGGAGCAAAGAGGAAUUAGUUCGCCGGUUGAGGAGAGCCGAAGGCGAGAAAAUGAGUGCUAUCCUGGAUCACGGGAACCUCAUCCGAGAAGUGAACCGAAGGCUUCAGCAGCAUCUGAACGAGAUUCGCGGGUUGAAGGAUAUCAACCAGAAGCUGCAGGAGGACAACCAGGAGCUGCGCGACCUCUGCUGCUUCCUGGACGACGACCGUCAGAAGGGCAAGAAGGUGUCACGCGAGUGGCAGCGCCUGGGCCGCUACAGCGCCGGCAUCAUGCGCAAGGAGGUGACGCUCUACCUGCAGAAGCUCAAGGAGCUGGAGCAGCGGCAGGAGGAGGUGAUCAAGGAGAACCUGGAGCUCAAGGAGCUCUGUCUCAUGCUGGACGAGGAGAAAGGAGGCGGCGGCGGAGGUGGUGGUGGAGGAGGGUCAGGCGCGGCGGGGUGCCGGAGCUCCAUCGACAGCCAGAGCAGCCUGUCGCACGCGACCGCGCCGGGGCCGGGCCUGCUGAGGGACGUGGGCGACGGCAGCAGCACGUCCAGCGCCGGCAGCACCGACAGCCCCGACCACCUGCACCACAAGCAGCAGCUGCUGGCCAGCACGGGGCACACGGGGCACACGGGCACCGGCAGCCCCGACCACCACCUCCACAAGCUGCGGCCCGGGCUGGCGCCGGGAGGCGCGGAGGACCCUGGCGCGGGCGGCGACCGGCCGGGCCGGCGGAGGAGCACCAGCCCGGAGUACGCGGCCCACACCUUGCCCCAGGUGUGCCGGCCCCGCUGCGGCUCGCUCUCCAGCCCUGACCACAAGCUCCUCCGCGGCCUCAGCCCGGAGAAACAUCACCACGGCGGCGGCGGCGGUGGCGGCAAGGCGGGCCUGGCCCCCCGCGGCAGCCCCGAGCAGUACUCCAAGCACCCGCACCUGCUGGUGUCGGGCCAGGUGUGCCCCGGCAGCCCCGAGCUCUUCAAGAAGCACCACCACCGGGGCAGCAUGGGCAGCGUCGUCUGCGGCAGCCCCGACGGCAAGCAGGUGGUGGUGACGGGCACGCCCGAGCACCUGCAGAAGGGACGCGUGAUCUCCGGGAGCCCCGAGUCCAUCCGCCACCACCACUUCGGGGCCAGCCCGGAGCACGGCAAGUUCGGCAGCCCCGGCCGGGAGAUGGUCCACAAGAGGCAGGGAGGAGAGGAGAUGUCGCCCCAUCACCGAGGCCUCUACAACGCACUGAUAUCAGCGGGAUGUUGCACCACUUCGUGUAGAAGUGUCAAGUUUUGGGACAGCUUCGACGCCUCCUGACCACGGGCCGGAGUGGAUCCAGCUGUGGGCUCCUGCUCUGGGUGAAGCUGGAC